UCUAGGUGAUGACUGGAAGAUUGACGAGAGUUGAAAUUACGAAGUGAUGAAAUCAACCAUCCUUAGAAGUAACAGGUGCUAAACAGUCUGUAACUGGUAGUACAGUGGUUUAGCAGUCGGUUGCUAACCAAAAAGUUUGUGGUUCCAACUCCCCAGCCGCUCCAUGGGAAAAAGAUGUGGCAGUCUACUCCCAUAAAGAUUACAGCCUUGGAAACCGUAUGGGGCAGUUCUGCUCUGCCCUAAAGGGUCACUAUGAGUCAGAGUCAACCAGACGGUGUUGGGUUUCAUUUUUAGAUGGCUCAGAGAGAAUGUCUAAUCAGUUAUAGGGUGUCUGCUGAAAUAAUAACCUGGUCUAUGGCAUUAAUGUCAAAAGGUAGACCUGACUGAUUGUAUCGAUGGAAUUGAGGCUGAAGCUGUCAUCUUGCUGAUUAUUAACAAUAUAUUGAAAGAAGAAUGCUUCCAGGACAGAAUCUGCAGAGCCUAGAAAAAGGAGAAUGAAGAAAAGCUGGACUCAAUCCAGUACCAUUCAAAGGAGAGGGCCACCACCAGGCCCAAGAGAUGAUUCCCAUACUGCAAGAUGGACUCUGAUUAUGAGACAGGGAUAUGUCAUGUGACUUUCCCCAAGUGUCUUAGUCAUCUAGUACAACUAAAACAGAGAUACCACAAGUGGAUGGCUUUAACAAAGAGAAGUUUAUUCUCUCACAGUCCAGUAGGCUAGAAGUCCAAAUUCAGGGCGGCAGCUUCAGGGGAAGGCUUUCUUUCUCUGUCGGCUCUGGACGAAGGUCCUUGUCAUCAGUCUUCCUUUGGUCUCGGAGCCUUAGGUCCCAAGGACCCUGCUCCCAGUGCUGCUUUCUUGGUGGUAUGAGGUCCCCACGUCUCUCUGCUCUCUUCUCUCUUUUAUGUCUCAAAAAAGAUUGGCUUUAGACACUACCUAAUCUUGUAGACCUCAUCAAUAUAAUUGCUGCUAGUCCAUUUUAUUACAUCAUAGUGAUAGGAUUUACAGCACAUAGGGAAAUCACAUCAGGUGAUAAAAUGGUACACAAUCAUACAAGGGAAUCACAACCUAGCCAAGCUGACAGAUAUUUUGGGGGGCACAAUUCAAUCCAUGGCACCAAGUUUUUAGUUGAAAUCCUCAAGGCUAGCCCCUCAUUGUUACACUUUUUUUUUUCCUUUUUACCACAUAACCUCCUUGAAAGUCUCAUGAUAGGGGUAUGUACAAAUGGUUAACGCACUUUUCUACUAACCAAAAAGCUGGCAGUUCCAGUCCACCCAGAGGUGUCUCAGAAGAAAGGCUUGGCACUGUGCUUCUGAAAAAUUGGCCAUCGAAAACCCUAUGGAGCACAGUUCUACUGUAACACACGAGGGUCCCCAUGAGCCAGAGUCAGCUCCGUGACAUCUGGUUUGGUUUUGGUUUUAACCUCCUUGACAUUGAUGUUCUGGUUACUGAAAGAUAUGUCCUCCAUUAUAAAUGAAGAAGCUGGCAACACUGAUUUAAUAUCAGGCUUAUAAAUUUGCUUAGCUUGACCCAGCAGCCCAAAGGACAAUCAGCUGUUGGUACACUGGUAAAAUAAAAAUUUGGGGACCAACAUACAGCUGUUGGAUGAGUUUCUCUUUGGGUUGCCAACUGGCCUUCCUUCAGACAUUGCUUUCUUACUGGGGCACAUUCCCAGAGAAUGUCUCUGGUCAUAUUAGCAUGAAAAUAACAGUGCCUUGGUUCUUGUGAUAAUAGCACAUGCAUUUAAUGAUUAAUAGAAGCUGGUACUCAUCUAGUUUUUAACCUCCAAGGACUUCAAAAUAAUGUUUAGGUGAGAUCUAAUCUCCUGGGAGAAAGGCAGGGAGCAAAAGAUCUUAUUUUAUAAACAACUGCAUGUUAGAAUGAAGUACGGAAACGGCGCACCCCCUACAGGUUGAUUAAAGCGUCACCAGAACCACACCCCAACUAUUUCUAUCAGUUCAAGCUUAAACUGGGAUUCAGAACACAUUAGUAAAAGCUGGACUCACUCAGAGUGCUGCGCGGUACAGGGAAUUGGUGUCACGACGCCAAGGCCUUUUAUUUUUAAAGUUUCUCUGGUAUCCAGGCUCAACUCAGAAUGUUAGGAUCAAGGAAGGACCUGUCACAGUGGGCCACUCUACUCACAUAGAAAGUACUGUGUGUAUAACUGUGUAGAAGAUGCUCUGUGCUCAAAUCAAGUACCUUCCAAAAGCUGUUUUUCCCUCACUUCCCUGCCCUAGCCUUUUUUCUCCUAACUAUAAAAAUCUGAACCUUGGAGAGUUUUCGUUGUAAUGGAGUAUGCUGCUUUGUACUAUGAGCCUCAUAACAAGCGCUGUCCAGUAGAACUCUCUGCAGUGGUGCGAACUUUUUAUAUUUGCACCAGGCAGUACAGUAGCCACUAGCCACAGGUGGAUAGUGCAGAUAAGGAACUGAAUUUUUUAUUUUAUUUAAAUUUAAAUAACCCUGUGUGGCCAGUGCCUACCUAUUGGACAGUGCAGCUCUAGGCAGUUUGAUUUAAAAUGAUGUUUGUUGUUGUUAGGUGCCAUCCAGUCAGUCCCGACUCAUAGCAAUCCUGUGACAAAACAGAACAAAACACUGCCCGGUCUUGCACCAUCCUCACAGUCAUUCCCAUGUUUGAGCCCGUUGUUGGCAGCCACUGUGUCAGUUCAUCUCGUUGGGGGUUUUCCUCUUUUUCACUGACCAUCUACUUUACCAAGUGUGAUGUCCUUCUCCAGGGACUGAUGCCUCCUGAUAAUGUCCACAUACGUGAAAUGAAGCCUCACCAUCCUUGCUUCUAAGGAGCAUUCUGGCGGUACUUCUUUGAAGACAGAUUCAUUCAUUCUUAUGGUAGUCCAUGGUGUAUUCAGUAUUUUUCAUCAGCACCAUAAUUCAAAGGCAUCAGUGCUUCUUCUGUCUUGCUUAUUCAUUUUUCAGUUUGAAAAUACCAUGGCUUGGGCCAGGCACACCUUAGCCCUUAAGGUGACAUAUUUACUUUUUACUACUUUAAAGAGAUCUUUUGGCAGCAGAUUUGCCCAGUGCAAUACAUCGUUUGAUUUCUCUACUGCUGCUUCCGUGGGCAUUGAUUGUGGAUCCAAGUAAAAUGAAAUCUUUGACAGUACUUUCUCUGUUUAUCAUGAUGUUGCUUAUUGGUCUAGUUGUGAGGGUUUUUGUUUUCUUUGUGUUGAGGCGUGAUCCAUACUGAAGGCUACAGUCCUUGAUUUUCAUCAGUGAGUACUUCAAGUCCUGUUCACUUUCAGCAAGCAAGGGUGUGACAUCUGCAUAUCACAGGUUGUUAAUGAGUGUUCCUCCAAUCCUGAUGCCGUGUUCUUCUUUAUAUAAAUUUAUUUGCUCAGCAUACAGAUAGAACAAAUAUGGUGAAAGGAUGCGUACCUUUUCUGAUUUUAAACCACUCAGGCUCCGUAGACACAUCCAAACUCCCUGAGGGACUGAAUUACUGAGCUGAGGGCAGUGGGGACCAUGGUCUUGGAGAACAUCUAGCUCAAUUGGCUUAACAUAAUUCAUAAAGAAAAUGUUCUGCAUUCUACUUUAGUAAGUAGCUUCUGGGGUCUUAAAAGCUUGUGAGUGGCCUUCUAAGAUAACUCCUCCACUGGUCUCACCCCAUCUAGGAGCAAAGGAGAAUGAAGAAAAUCAAAGACACAAAGGAAACCAAAAAGAAAAAAAAAAACCUUUUGCUGUCGAGUCGAUUCUGACUCAUAGCGUCCCUAUAGGACAGAGUAGAUCUGUUCCAUAGGGUUUCCAAGGAGUGCCUGGUGGAUUCGAACUGCCGACCUUUUUGGUUAGCAGCUGUAGCUCUUAACCACUACACCAGAAGGGAAAGAUUAGACCAAAUAAUUAAUGGACUGCAAGUACUAUAGCCUUCACCAGACUGAGUCCGGCACAACUACAUAAUGCCUGGUACCACCACUGACUGCUCUGACAGAGAUCGCAGUAGAGGGUCCUGGACAGAGCUGGAGAAAAGUGUAAAACAAAAUUCUCUCUCUCUCUCUCACACACACACACACACACACGCACACACACACACACGCACGCACGCACACACACACACACACGACUAGACUUACUGGUCUGCCCAAGAUUGGAAAAACCCUGAGAGUGUGGCCCCCGGACACCCUUUUAGCUCAGUAAUGAAGUAACUCCUGAGGUUCACCUUUCAGCCAAAGAUUAGACAGGCCUGUAAAACAAAACAAGACUAAAUGGUGACACACUCCAGGAGCAAGGAUGAGAAGGCAGGAGUGGAUGGGAAAGCUGGUAAUAGGGAACCCAAGGUCCAGAAGGGGAGAGUGUCAACAAGCCAUGGCGUUGGCAACCAAUGUCGCAAAACAGUAUGUGUACUAGCUGUUUAAUGAGAAGCUAAUUUGUUCUGUAAACCUUCAUUUAAAGUAUUAAAAAAAAAAACCUCAGUAUCCCUUUCUUUUGUUUGAACAAUGCCUCUUGGUCUGUGUACAGGCUCCUCAUGAGCAAAAUUAAGUGUUCUGGAAUUUCCAUUCUUCCCAAUGUUAUCCAUAAUUUCUUACGAUCCACAUAGUUGAAUGCCUUUGCAUAGUCAACAAAACACAGAUAAUCGUCUUUUUGGUAUUCUCUGCUUUCAGCCAAGAUCCAUCUGACAGCAGCAGUGAUAUCCAUCGUUCCACAUCCUCUUCUGAAUCCAGCUUGAAUUUCUGGCAGUUCCCUGUUAAUGUACUGCUACAACUGUUUUUGAAUGAUCUUCAGCAAAAUUUUACUUACGUGUGAUAUUAAUAAUACCGUUUGAUAAUUUCCACAUUCUCUUGGAUCACCUGUCUUUGGAAUGGGCACAAAUCUGGAUCUCUUCCAGUCGGUUGGCCAUGCAGCUGUCUUUCAAAUUUCUUGGCAUAGGUGAGUGAGCGCUUCCAGCAUCGCAUCUGUUUGUUGAAACAUCUCAUUUGCUAUUCCAUCAAUUCCUAGAGCCUUGUUUUUUGCUGUUCCCUUCAGUGCCGGUUCGACUUCUUUCUUCCUUACCAUUAGUUCUUGACCAUAUGCUACCUCUUGAAAUGGUUGAACGUCAACCAGUUCUGUUUGGUACAGUGACUCUGUAUAAGCCAUCCAUCUUCUUUUGUUGCUGCCUGUGUCAUUCAGUAUUUUGGCCACAGAAUCCUUCAGUAUUGCAACUUGAGGCUUGAGUUUUUUCAUUUCUCUCAGCUUGAGAAAUGCUGAGUGUGUUCUUCCCUUUUGGUUUUCUAACCCCAAGUCUUUGCGUAUUUCUCUAUAAUACUUGAAUUUGUCUUCUUGAACUGCCCUUUGAAAUCUUCUGUUCAGCUUUUACGUGAUGACUUCUUCCGUUUGCUUUAGUUACUGGACGUAUUAGAGCAAGUUUCAGAGCCUCUUCUGACAUCCAUUUUGGUCUUUUCAUUCUUUCCUGUCUUUUUUUAAUGACCUUUUGUUUUCUUCAUGUAUGGUGUCCUUGAUGUCAUCCUAUGACUCAUCUGGUGUUCAGUCAUUAGUGUUCAAUGUGUCAAAUCUAUUCUUGAGAUGGUCUCUAAAUUCAGGUGGAAUAUACGCAAGGUUGUACUUUGGCACUUGUGUUUCAUCAAUUUUAGACUGCAGAAGUUGGUAAAAAAUUUUCAGUUUCUUCAUCUUUGGCCUUAGUGGACGGUGGAUCAAUUUGAAUAAUAGUCGUACGAACUGGUCUUCCUUGCGGACACAUGAUUAUUAUCCUAUCAUUGACAGCGUUGUACUGCAGGACAAAUCUUGAUUUGUUCUUUUUGAUGACGAAUGCGACGCCAUUCCUGGUCAAGCUGUCAUUCCUGGCAUCGUAAACCAUAUCAUUAUCUGAUUCAGAAUGGUCAGUACUAGUCCAUUUCAGCUCACUAAUGCCUAGGAUAUCUAUGUUUAUGCGUUCCAUUUCAUGUUUUGCCUUCCAGUUUUCCUAGGUUCAUGUUUCAUACAUUCCACGUUCCCAUUACUAAUGGAUGUUUGCAGCUGUUUCUUCUCGUUUUGAGUCGUGCCACAUCAGCAAAUGAAGGCCCUGAAUGCUUGACUCCUCCCGUGUCAUUAAGGUUGACUACUUUGAGGAGGCAGCUCUUUCCCAGUCAUAUUCUGAGCGCCUUCCAAACUGAGGGGCUCAUCUUCUGUUACUGUAUCAUACAGUGUUCCACUGCUCCUCAUAAGGUUUUCACUGGCCAGUUUUUUUAGAAGUAGAUCGCCAGGUUCUUCUUCCUAGGUCUGUCUGAGUCUGGAGGCUCUGCUGAAACCUGUCUACCAUGCGUCACCCCACUGGUAUUUGAAAUACCGGUAGCAUAGCUUCCAGCAUCACAGCAACAUGCAAGCCACCACAGUACGACAAACCUGACAGACAAGUGGUGGUUAAAGUAUACUUCCUUUAAUAUAUUUCCAUUUUCAACUGGAGCUUCGAAGUCCUUCUGACAGCACUCAGUUUGCAUACAGUACGUACGUAUUUUGUAUCACAUAUCUGACAAUAGUUGACUGAGAAAUGCAUACAAUUUUUCUUUAAAUGUGGAAAUUUUAAGUACCUUGUGCUAGAAUCUUAUAUCGUACUCCUAGCUAGUGUAGCAAGAAUGACUGGGCAGUAUGACCAAGAACAGCUUUUCCAGUGAUUGUCCAGAAAAAUAACUGAGCUUUUGUUGAAUGUGGUAAUUGAAGAAUGAAUAGAAGAAUACCAAAGAUCAGAGGCUACCAGGAACAUGUGCUGAUAUUAGCAAGUGGCACCAUUUGUAUAAGAAUUUUAAGCAUAAUUAGGCAGAGGCAGCCACAUCUUCCCUAAAUGUUGUCAUAAGGAGGGGAGUAAAAUUAGGCAGCGUGGAAUUGUCAUUUCAGGGAAGAUAGCGUCGGAAAGCUUGUCAUUUACCUCUUCCUGUUCUUAUUUUAUGCCCAGAGGCAUUUAAAGUUGUCACGCUUCUUUUUAAAAAUUAGUCUCAUAAGCUUAUAUACUGUUGCUAUUUUAUAUUUUUGUUCUUUGUGGCUUGUAUAGAGCACUUCCAACCUUUAAGCUCCUGCAAUAUCAUACCAAAAAAAAAGAACCAAACCCGUUGGUGUCGAGUCAAUUCUGACUCAUAAUGACCCUGUAGGACAGAGUAGAACUGCCCCGUAGAGUUUUCAAGGAGCGCCUGGUGGAUUCGAACUUGCCGACUUUUUGGUUAGCAUGAGGAAAAGGAGAAGGAACGGCAAUGAAGAGGAUAACCAUCUUCCCCCUCAGACCAAAAGGAGUAGUCGGAACCCUGUCUUUCAAGAUUCCUGGGACACAGAGUCUUCCAGCAGCGAGAGUGGCGGGAGCAGCAGCAGCAGCAGCAGCAUCAACAGCCCAGACAGGGCAAGUGGGCCAGAGAGCAGCUUAAACCAGAUCAUUGCCGGCUCCGGCCCCAACACCCCCCAGCCCGCCUCCGAGCAGUCUGCGCUCUGCCAAGGCCUGUACUUCCACAUCAACCAGACCCUGAAGGAGGCGCACUUCCACAGCCUACAGCACCGGGGGCGGCCUCCGACAUGAUGCUGCGGCGGUCUGGCCUUCUGUGAAGGGACAGCGCUGUGCAGAGUGGAUACUCCGACUUCCGAUCUGUUUUAAAGAAUUGCACACAAAAAUGCCUGUUGGCUUUUCAGUCUAUAUUUGAGAUAACAGGUUGACAGGCAGUUGUUUACUUGUGGUUUUGCUGCACUAUUGCAAUUUCAAAGGGGCUUUGAAGCAAUUUUUUAUAGGAUUCUUUUGAGGGUGGGUAUCAAAUCCAUGUCAAGGUAACGGUAUGAGGAAACCUCAUCUGCGUGUUGAACCCAUAGCGUGUCCAGUUCAGACUGAUUUUCAGAUCCGUCAAUUAGCAGCUCUUUGUGUAAAAAGGCCUUUUAAAAUGCGGGACCUUCGAUUUUUUAAUUCAAUAAACUAGUAAAGAGUGUCUAGUUUCCAUGAAAAAACCUAAGCUUUUUUUCCCAAAAUAGAGAAAGCUUGAUUCAGUCUUGCACUGAAAUUAACUGCCAUACUACCUCUUAGUAUGUAGAUGUCCUGUUGAAAGUAUUCUCUCCUUUGUAACAGGAGAACAAUCAGAUCCAACUUAGACCGAGUAAGUGAUGCACCCUCCCUCUCUGUUAUAUAUUUGUAUCUCCAGAGGGAAUGUCUGUCAGACUCUUGUAUACCCAGGAAACCUGUGUGUCGUUAUUUCUCCAGAGUCUGCAUUUCAGACUGAGUUGAAAACAUUGCACAGUUCCCGAAAAACGGGAAAUAACGUGACAACUGUGUCUUACUCACAGACUUGUUACUUUAGCAGCUCACGUGCUCGCUGGUAGUUUCACCCUGUUAUGGCGAGAAUGACGGCACCGGUGAAUGCUGAUAAAGUGUAAGCUACCUGAACUGAUGUCUAAAGUAACAAGUACAGUGAAGCUACUGGAUAAGGAUUCAUCUUACGCUUAAAGUCACUCCUAGCAGUAACUAGGGGGCCACAUUCCAUCCCUGAAACCGGAAAGAUUGGUACGGCUUAGAAAGAAAUGAGCAGAGGCACCUUUAGAAGAAACAGUGUAGUAUUUAUUUAGAGAGCGAUAGGGAUGUCUCCACGCUAUUUAGUCAUACUCGAGAGCCAACCGAGUUUGAAUAAUGACGGCGUGGACGUGUCUUCCUCCUCAUUGACAAGCUGUCUGAACAAGGAGCCGGGAUGCAUCGGGUCAUCUGCCCUGGGGAGAGCCGGGGGUACAACCUGCCAUUGGAUGCAGAGGAAAGUGCCUUAGAGUCCCACCAAAUCCUCCUGCCUGCUCACACCCUUUAGUCCACUCUACGCGGAAGCCCACACAGCACACACAACAGAUCUGAGAAACACGGAUAGCUCUAGUAAGAGGACUCUGCUGUUUGUCAAGAUUUGAAAAGGACGUAGGGAACAGAAUGAGAUUGGAAAAUGAAGACUAUCUUAGGAAAAGGGUACACAUUCGCACCUCGUUUGAGCCUUUGCUAUGGACAGAAUUUAAAGGUCAGUGUUCCUUGAAGUGCAAAUUUAGUGUUACAGGGAAGAAGUUCCAGCACAGCCCCCCACGGAUGGAGUGGAUGGUCUGUGCAAGAACUUUUUCUUCUACCAUCUCUCUCCCAAGUUUUAAAACCAGAUGUUUGACGAAGAUUUUGGAUCUUAUUGGGAUUGAUGCCGGGGAAUAUGGAAAGGAUGCAUUGCUAAUAUUUUGUUUAAUAAUAAAGCAAACAACAACCAAAUGCUGUGAAAAGACAAGCUGUUGGCGCUCUCAGACACACGUGUACACCACACACUUGAGAAAUACCCAGGAGGACUCCUGCUGGCUUAAUGGAUGCCGUCCUACUGAAACAAAAUGUGUAUUAACAAGAAAAUGUAAAACUCGAGAGCAAAUUUCCUUCUAUUUCCCACCCAACUAAAAUUUAUGGGUGGGGGUAGAACUUCUCUCCAGCCCAAAAAAAACAAUUUUUUUUUCCCAAAUAAGUACAGCCCUGGUGCUGGGUUGGCUGUUGGCUCACUUACCCUAUUAAUACGAGAGAUGAUCUCCAUCCUGUCCUCUAGAUUGUCUGCAGCCUUGUGGCAUUGGCAGCCUGAAAUCCAUUUCACUGAGGCUACUUUUAAAACUUCUAUUAGCUCAGCCUAGUAAGACCUUGUACUUCUCUAUUGCGCCGCCAUUAAAAGCCGCAUUAGUGCA